AUUAUGUGUACAAUAACGACCUUACUUACUGCCAGGUUCCUCUUCCACAUGCUGCAAACACUCACAAUUAUGAGGUGCUGGAGCAUCCCCAGAUCCCGUGUUUUGGUCGCUCCCUGGUCGCUUUUUGGCUAGCGCGUUCCUGUCUAGCGUGGGUUGCGCUUUCCUCCCGGGGACCGCUCAAGUCUUUUCCUCAGAGCUCCAUCUCCUACUCCAUCAACCUCUCCCCUCCUCCCUUCCUGCAUCAAUCUCAAUUGGUUGCAGAGCCAUCCCAUUAGACUCUUGAGCACUGCAGUCAUGUUCUCAAGGGCCAUCCGCCAGUCCAGCCGCCGGGUCGCCGCAAUCUCUGCCUCGAGCAGGAUUGCUUCGGCCCGCGCCCCUGCGUUCACCGCUGCUCGCGCCUACGCUGUCGAUGCUAAGGCCACCCCCACCGAGGUCUCCUCCAUCCUGGAGCAGCGCAUCCGUGGCGUCCAGGAGGAGAACUCCCUCGCCGAGACCGGUCGUGUCCUCUCCGUCGGUGACGGUAUCGCCCGUGUCCACGGCAUGAACAACGUCCAGGCCGAGGAGCUCGUCGAGUUCGCCUCCGGUGUCAAGGGCAUGUGCAUGAACCUCGAGGCCGGCCAGGUCGGUGUCGUGCUUUUCGGUUCCGAUCGUCUCGUCAAGGAGGGCGAGUCCGUCAAGCGUACCGGAGAGAUUGUCGAUGUCCCCGUCGGCGAGGCUCUUCUCGGCCGUGUCGUUGACGCUCUCGGCAACCCCAUCGAUGGAAAGGGUCCCCUCAAGACCACCGAGAGGCGCCGUGCCCAGCUCAAGGCCCCCGGUAUUCUGCCCCGUCAGUCCGUCCGCGAGGCUGUCCAGACUGGUCUCAAGUCCGUCGACGCCAUGGUCCCCAUCGGCCGUGGUCAGCGUGAGUUGAUCAUUGGUGAUCGUCAGACCGGAAAGACCGCCGUCGCCCUCGACGCCAUGCUUAACCAGGGUCGCUGGAACAAAGGUACCGACGAGAAGAAGAAGCUUUACUGCAUCUACGUCGCCAUUGGUCAGAAGCGAUCCACCGUUGCCCAGCUCGUCAAGACUCUUGAGGAGAACGACGCCAUGAAGUACACCACCAUUGUUGCCGCCACUGCCUCCGAGGCCGCUCCCCUGCAAUACCUGGCCCCCUUCACUGGUUGCUCCAUGGGAGAGUGGUUCCGUGACAACGGCAAGCACGCUCUGAUCAUCUACGACGAUCUUACAAAGCAGGCUGUAGCCUACCGUCAAAUGUCUCUGCUGCUCCGUCGUCCUCCUGGUCGUGAGGCUUACCCCGGUGACGUCUUCUACCUCCACUCUCGUCUCCUCGAGCGUGCGGCCAAGAUGAACGACUCCCUCGGCGGCGGCUCGCUCACUGCCCUUCCCAUCAUUGAGACCCAGGGUGGUGACGUUUCCGCUUACAUUCCCACCAACGUCAUUUCCAUCACCGACGGCCAGAUCUUCUUGGAGGCUGAGCUGUUCUACAAGGGUAUCCGCCCCGCGAUUAACGUCGGUCUUUCCGUCUCCCGUGUCGGUUCCGCUGCCCAGGUCAAGGCCAUGAAGCAGGUCGCUGGUUCUCUGAAGCUCUUCUUGGCCCAGUACCGUGAGGUCGCCGCCUUCGCCCAGUUCGGUUCCGAUUUGGAUGCCGCCACCAAGCAGACCCUCGCCCGUGGUGAGCGUCUGACUGAGCUCCUCAAGCAGAAGCAGUACAGCCCCAUGGCCGUCAACGAGAUGGUUCCCUUGAUCUACGCCGGUGUCAACGGUCUUCUCGACAAGGUCCCCGUCAACAAGAUCCUGACAUGGGAGGCCGACUUCCUCGCCCACCUCAGGUCGAACGAGUCUGAGCUUCUUGCCACCAUCGAGCGGGAAGGUGCCCUCAGCAAGGACCUCGAGUCCAAGCUGAAGGAGGUUGCCAUUAGCUUCACCAAGAGCUUCACGGCAUAAAUGACAAGGGGUUGAAGAAUGUAUAAUAGAAGAUGCGUCCUCGCCAUCAGCUGUUUCAAUAUGAGAAGGUUCUUUUUCGUCAUUGCAGCGACUGAUGGGUGUGCGUGCGUGUCGGACGAUACCUCCUCGGAAGACGGGGUUUCUGCGAUCUCCGAGAUGCUUUCCUCUGUUAGCGGUAAAUAUGCGGAUGCAGACGUUGUAUAUCGCGAAUCCAUUUCUGUUCUGUUACAGAUGUGUUGUGAUGUGAAAGUUUGACUGUAUUGUGAGUGUGUGGUGUUGACGCAUAGAUUGUGCAAGAUGUCGAUGUGCUCCGCCUGGCAGCUGCAUCUUGACGUACUCCAAGAGUGUUCAUGGACGUGCGAGCUGGUCAAGGCACGGAGUUGAGGUGUACCGCAUAAGCAAACAACA